AUGCAGAAUCCAAUUGAUUAUAAAUUAUUUAAGAGCCACGAUUAUUGUAAUAAACGAGAUAACAGUGAUCAACUUUUCAAUUGCAUAGAUGUAAAAUUAUUCGACAUGGAAAGAUAUAUGGGGAACGCUAAUUAUGAUAUGGAUUACUUGAACCCGGUAUUAAAUCACCCUACCAAAAUAGAACAUGGAAAAAUAAAAAUUUUAAUUUUAGAUGCUCCUACAAAUGAUCUAUUACCAUUAUACAUAAAAGAAAUGAAAAAUUACAAUGUAACUGAUUUAGUUCGAACAUGUGAAAAAACAUAUAAUGACAGAGAAAUUGAAAGAGCUGGAAUCAAUGUUCAUGAAUUAAUAUUUCCAGAUGGAGAUGCACCAACUGAUGAUAUAGUAAAUAACUGGUUAACAGUUGUUAAUAAUGUAAUAAAAAACAAUUGUGCUGUUGCUGUUCAUUGUGUAGCGGGGUUAGGUAGAGCACCAGUUUUAGCUUCCAUUGUUUUGAUUGAAUUUGGUAUGGAUCCUAUAGAUGCAAUUGUAUUUAUACGUGAAAGAAGAAAAGGUGCAAUAAAUAAAAGACAAUUACAAUUUUUAAAAUCAUAUAAGAAAAAAAAAAAAAAAAAAAAUUGCUUAAGAAGAUGCCAUUUUAUGUAA